AUGGAUGUCAACGGUGUAGCUUUAGUUGUCGGCGCCGGUAGUGGGAUUGGUCUCGAGACAGCAUUGACAUUUGCAGAAAGAGGCGCUCGAGCCGUCGUGUUUGCGGACCAGGCGUCCGACACAGCGUCCACAGGAUCUGCGAAGAGCAAAUCAGUCGUAACUAGUAAGGACAAUGAGACCCUUGCCAUUGCCGUCGACGUCAGAGAUCGAGCAUCCGUGGCCGCAAUUGUCGCGGAAGUCAAAAAGCGGUUCGGGAGGCUCGACUAUGCCGUCAACUCUGCCGGAGUACCCCGGCAAACCGAAGCCGACACCGCGAGCGUCAAUGAGGAAGAGUAUGAAUUCCUACACGAUGUCAAUGCCAAGGGCAUCCUCCACUGCCUCCAGGAAGAGAUCAGCGCCAUGAGGGGCCAGGAACCGCUGUACGUCAAAGGACGCAGUGGUCGUCGCAGUGUCGGGCCUGGCUCCAUCAUUAACGUCACCUCCUUGUCUGCCGUCACCGGAUCUGCCAACUCCAUUACAUACACUGCAAGCAAAUUUGCUGCGCGAGGGAUCAUCAAGUGUGCUGUUCUCGACAAUCGGAGCACGGGUCUCCGAAUCAACGAGGUGUGCCCGGGCUUCACGGACACGCCCAUGCUGAGACGCGGCAUCGAAAAGCAGCCGGAUGUGGGCGAGUUGAUCAGAAAGUCGAUGCCACUUGGACGCGUUGCGACGCCGGAAGAGAUCGCGCAUGUGAUCCAUUUCCUGGCGAGCCCUGGGGCCAGCUUCGUCAACGGGCAGUCGUUGGUGGUGGAUUCUGGAGUGUCAGUGCCCGUACUUUCCUGA